GUCUACUAAUUCUGAAAGCGGAAUUGGUUACGAAUCUACAUUAAAUGAUGAAUUAUAUAGAGUUCACGACAACAUUACAUUUAUGUCUACUAAUUCUGGAAGCGGAAUUUGUUACGAAUCUUCAUUAAAUGAUAAAUUCCAUAUAGAGUUCACGACAACAUUUAUGUGA